AAGAAUGGGCAAUGCUCAUUGAGCAGUGUUUAACUUCCGGAACGUCACUAAUGACACGUAUUCAAAAUGGCGGCCGAGGCGAUGGAGACGUGGUGGGCCUUGCUGCUGCUGGUGGCGCUGCUCCCUGUGGGCCGGUCCUUCUAUGUCCCCGGCGUCGCUCCUCAGGACUUCCAUGAGGGCGCUCAAGUAGAAAUUAAGGCGGUGAAGCUGACCAGCUCCCGUACACAGCUUCCAUAUGAAUACUAUUCCCUGCCUUUCUGUAAGCCUGGCUCCGUCUUAUACAAGGCGGAAAACUUGGGUGAAGUUUUACGUGGCGAUCGCAUUGUGAAUACGCUCUACAAUGUAAAGAUGAACGAGGAUAAGAAAUGUGAGCUGAUGUGCGACAAGAAGAAGCUCAACGUGGAGGAGAGUAAGCUGGUGGCUGAACGAAUCCAGGAGGAGUACUACGUUCACCUGAUUGCAGACAACCUUCCAGUUGCCACCAGGUUGGAGUUUUACCCCAACAGAGAAACGGGAGGAGAUGAGGAGCAGAAGAAGGUUGCAGAUAAAGAUGUUCAGUUUGAACAUGGCUACAGACUUGGCUUCGUCGACAACAACAAGUUUUAUCUGCACAACCACCUGUCCUUCAUCCUGUACUUUCACAGGGAGAAAGUAGAAGAGGGAGAGACUCACAACUACAGAGUGGUGCGUUUUGAGGUUGUACCUCAAAGUGUCAAAGUGGAAGAUCUAAAGGCUGUUGUAACAGAAAAAACCUGCACUCUGCCUGAAGCCAGUGGUUCUGCCCCCCAGGAGAUUGACCCAACCAAAGACAACGAGAUUCUUUUCACAUAUUCUGUCACAUGGAAGGAGAGUGAGGUGAAGUGGGCCUCUCGCUGGGACACAUACCUGACCAUGAGUGACGUCCAGAUUCACUGGUUCUCCAUCGUCAACUCUGUGGUGGUCGUCUUCUUCCUCUCUGGGAUUUUGAGUAUGAUCAUCAUUAGAACCUUGCGGAAGGACAUUGCCAACUACAACAGAGAGGACGACAUUGAAGACACGAUGGAGGAGUCGGGAUGGAAGAACGUCCAUGGCGAUGUCUUCAGACCACCGCAGUAUCCCAUGAUCCUCAGCUCCCUGCUGGGCUCAGGGAUCCAGCUUUUCUGCAUGAUCCUCAUUGUCAUCUUUGUUGCCAUGUUGGGCAUGUUGUCUCCAUCGAGCAGAGGAGCCUUGAUGACUACUUCAUGUUUCCUCUUCAUGUUUAUGGGUGUGUUUGGGGGUUAUUUUGCUGGCAGACUGUACCGCACACUAAAGGGCCAUCGGUGGAGGAAAGGAGCAUUUUGUACGGCCACUUUGUAUCCCGGAGCGGUGUUUGGAAUCUGCUUCGUUCUAAACUGUUUCAUUUGGGGGGAACACUCCUCGGGAGCAGUUCCCUUCACCACCAUGCUGGCCCUGCUGUGCAUGUGGUUUGGCAUCUCCAUGCCUCUGGUCUACCUGGGUUACUACUUUGGCUUCCGUAAGCAGCCUUAUGAUAACCCGGUGCGCACCAACCAGAUUCCCCGCCAGGUCCCGGAGCAGCGCUGGUACAUGAACAAGUUUGUGGGAAUCCUCAUGGCUGGGAUCUUACCGUUUGGCGCCAUGUUCAUAGAACUCUUCUUCAUCUUCAGUGCCAUCUGGGAGAAUCAGUUUUACUACCUCUUUGGCUUUCUGUUCCUGGUUUUCAUCAUCCUGGUGGUGUCCUGCUCUCAGAUCAGCAUUGUGAUGGUCUAUUUCCAGCUGUGUGCAGAGGACUACCGGUGGUGGUGGAGAACGUUCCUGGUGUCAGGAGGCUCUGCUUUCUACGUCCUGAUUUACGCCGUCUUCUACUUUGUCAAUAAGCUGGACAUUGUGGAGUUCAUCCCCUCCCUGUUGUACUUUGGUUACACCACCCUCAUGGUGUUGUCCUUCUGGCUGCUAACGGGCACAAUCGGUUUCUACGCAGCCUACAUGUUCAUCAGGAAAAUCUAUGCCGCGGUCAAGAUCGACUGAUUCCUCGGAGCCGCUGCUGUUCUCCUAAUUCUUGGUUUAUUUUUCUGAAUUUUUUUUAAUACGUUUGUUUUUUUAUUAUUGUUAUUAUUCUUUUUGUCCAACAAGCACUGACUUGUGUGCAGAAGGAACUGGGGGUUUAUUGAUAUGAUGCAACAACCCCAUCUGCUGGCCACAUGGUGGAAUAACAGCCAAACAGCAGAGCUUAGCUUGCUGUUUUCCCCCGUCCCGCCCUCCUCUCCUCCGUGUCGGGACAGAGACCUGGACGGUGUCUUCCUCUACUGGGAAUGUUUUGGUGUCUCCGGUCGCCUCACCCUGCUCACACACACACAGCGGGCCAAAGCUUGUCAGUUAAAUUUCUGCACUUUUUUUUUUUUUUUUUUUUUUUUUUUUUUUU